UACUUUUUGUUAUUUUUCUAAUUUUGUUUUAACUCAUUACAAAACUUUUUGUUAAUUUAUUUGUUAAAUUUUAAAAACUUAUGCACAGAUUUAUUGAGUGUAAAAAAAUGAAAAAGAAAUACAUCAAAUAAUUCGAAAAUAUCGAUUCAGAGCAAGCACAACAGAGAAACAAAAUGUCUCGAAGAUAUGACACCAGGACAACAAUAUUCUCCCCUGAGGGAAGACUUUAUCAAGUUGAAUAUGCCAUGGAAGCUAUUGGCCAUGCAGGAACUUGUCUUGGAAUCCUAGCCUCAGACGGAGUUCUCCUUGCUGCCGAAAGAAGAAACACAAACAAAUUGCUUGAUGAUGUUGCCUAUUCAGAGAAAAUUUACAAACUUCAUGAGGACAUGGUAUGUAGUGUUGCUGGUAUCACGUCAGAUGCAAAUGUUCUGACCAAUGAACUGCGGUUAAUAGCACAAAGAUAUCUUCUGCAGUACCAAGAACCAAUCCCUUGUGAACAAUUGGUUAGCACCCUAUGUGAUAUGAAACAGGCAUACACACAGUUCGGAGGUAUGCGCCCAUUUGGGGUGUCCCUGCUAUACAUGGGCUGGGACAAGCACUAUGGUUUCCAGCUUUACCAGAGUGACCCCAGCGGAAACUAUGGCGGAUGGAAGGCAACAUGUAUUGGUAACAACAGUGCGAACGCUGUGUCCAUGUUGAAGCAAGAUUACAAGGAAGGGGAGGUUAACCUGCAGCAGUCCCUACAGCUCGCUGUCAAGGUCCUCAGUAAAACACUCGACAUGACCAAACUCACAUCGGAGAAAGUCGAAAUAGCGACAUUGACGCGGGAGAAUGGUGAGACACGCAUCAAGGUCCUUGACAACGCAGUGGUCGACCAGCUCAUCAAGGUGCAUGAGGCUGAGGAGGCCAAGGAGUCAGAGAAAAAGAAGGAAAAGUCUUGAGCUUUUAGGAUACUCUCAGUCAGCAGUGAGGAUUCCAUCGAUCUUCGGAGACUAACAUGGAAGCAUCUACAUUUUUCCUGUGCAACCAUGAACUUUCAAAACACUCUCUAUUGAUGCUCUGUUAAAUAUUAGUGUAUACAUUUAGUACAAUUCUAAUGCAUUUGACAGUCUUUAAGAUUUUAUAAACAAUACAAUUGUUGUGGUAAAAAGUUAAUGAAAAAGAAAAGAAGGGUGUGCUAAUUAAGUGCUAUUCGUGUGAUCACCUGUGAACAUGUGUUGUUUUUGUCAUUUCAGACAUUAAUAAAAUUUCAUCAUUCUA